GAAAACGUGUACGUGCAGGCAGCCGGCGUACGUCAUGGCGGCCAGACGCUUAUUCGGGGCCACCCGGACCUGGGCCGGCUGGGGGGCUCGGGAGCUCCCGGACCCUGCCACUCCUGGAAGACUCUUAGUACGAGAUUAUGCCAAGAAACCGGUUAUUAGAGGGGGCAAAGGCGGCAAAAGCAGUGUGGUCAGUGAUGACCUGAAGGACCCAGAGGUGUGCACAGACCCUGUCCGGCUCACCACACAUGCCAUGGGUGUUAACAUCUACAAGGAGGGCCAGGACGUGGUCCUGAAGCCAGAUGCUGAGUACCCGGAGUGGCUGUUCCAGAUGAAUGUGGGCCCCCCCAAGAAGCUGGAGGAGCUGGACCCCGAGACCCGGGAGUACUGGCGGCUGCUGCGGAAACACAACAUCUGGCGCCAUAACCGGCUGAGCAAGAACCAAAAGUUUUAGUGGGGGAGAUACCGGAGCACCCUGAUCUACCAGGGACCUUGCCAGACCCCAGAAGAAGACCUCAGAGGUGCACAACACCUCUCCCAUCCUACCCCAUGGAAGACUUUAUUUUCCUGGAGAAAACAGACUUUUCCUUACUUGCAUUCUCUGUGGCCUCUACAGUGAGGCUGAAUCAGGGUGCUGGUACCAAUAAAGACCUCUUGGGGUUGUCAUUGGCAGGUCCUGGAUGCUAGUGGGGGUUGCCUGAUGUUAGGCCAUUGGGAAGUGGGGCAGGUGGCAGGAGGUGGGCACCUCCUCAGACUCUGGUUCCUGAUGAUUGGCUGGACUUCUGUAGAUCCAUCUUCACCUCCAGGCCUCACUGGGCUUCUUGCCCUGAUUCCUGGAAUUCCUAGCAUUGCUCAAGAGACCUCAGCCCCUCAAGUUGGAGGUUUUUCUAGCAAAAAUUCUCAGUCACAGGGGCAUCAAACCCCACUCAAGCCAUAUGAAGCAGAACAGAAUUUGUGAGCCUCAGAAACCGAAAUGUCCAGUUCAGCAAGCCUAACCAGAUGGAAGGGUCUUCCCUUUCCCCUCUGCCAAGGUCACAGGGGUUAUCUUCACUGGCCACUCACUUGAGCCCAGGGACAUCCUGUCCACCUGCACUGGGGCCCAGGUCUCACCAGAAAAUGCAUCCUAGGGUGUACAUGGGGCACCAUGGACAUGAUCUACAGCCCACUGAUAACCUCAGCUCUGGGUGGUCCUAACUUCCUGUCCUGCCUGGCUAUGAGGGAGGGGUCGCGAAGACAGGGUCCCAGGGACGAGGCCAGUGCCCACAAGAUGGAGGCUGGGGGUGGGGACCCACUAAAUAAUGCCUGUAAAUUACCCCCUGCCAUGGCCUCAACCUCUCCAGUUGGUGUCCUUUGAGGUUGGGGGUGGGGGCUUGGUACCACUCUCUGGGCCCCUGGGUCCAUGUGCUGGCUGGGCAUGGUGGGGUCCCCAUAGCUAAUUCUGCCUGGUCCCAGGACAAUGAGAGUCUUUAUCAGGUUAGGAGAGCUCUGCUGAGGGGAUUAUUGAAAACCUGCCCUCCCGGGUGGCCUGCCCUGGCAAGCAGCCCAUCCCAAUCCUCCCAUGACUCACUCUCAGGGUAAAAACCAAAGUAGUAACUACCACAGAUCUGACCUGCCUCCACUGCCUCCCUGCCCUCACCUCCUCUCCCCCUCACUCUGCUUCAUGUGGCCCAUGGGCUCCUCACUAUUCUUCCAACACCCCUGGCUGGGUCCUGCCUCAGUGCCUUUGCACCUGCUAUGCCUGUUGCCUUGGUUACUGUCCUCCAGGUGUCCCCAUGGCUCCCUCCUUCACCUUCUCCAGGUCUGUGCUUUGAGGUCACCUCCAUGAGGCCUCCCUCACCACCAUAUUAAACUGCAGUACCUGCCCUAGCUGGUUUGGCUCAGCGGUUAGAGCAUCGGCCUGUGGUCC